ACCCAAGGUCGAGUUCUUCGAAAUGGCGGACGUAGCCAAAGCUGGGGGCGAGCCCGAGACGAACCCUCGAGGGAUUCCUAAGGCUAUCUUCAUUGACAGGGUCGAGGACUAUGUCACCGACCGCUCCGAGGUGGAGAGCACCAUAAACAACUUCAAGGAGAUGAUAUCGAAAUAUCAGUUCAUGCAGCAAAACACACAACGACGGGCAGCUGGCCUCAAGGAUAAAAUCCCAGACAUUCAGAAGACGCUUGAGACAGUACGCUUCUUGAAGUCGAGGAAGGACGAUGCAGAGCCACUAGAGACGACGUUUGAACUCAACGAUACUCUAUACGCGAAAGCUGAGGUACCGCCUACCGACGAGGUCUACCUCUGGCUUGGCGCAAAUGUUAUGCUCGCAUACCCCAUACCUGAGGCUGAGGAACUGCUGCAGUCCAAGUUGUCAACUGCAAAGCACAGCUUGAGUACUUGUGAAGAGGAUCUGGACUUUUUGCGGGAGCAGAUCACCACACUCGAAGUUGCUUUCGCACGGGUAUACAACUGGGACGUAGCGCAACGGCGAAAGGAGAGGGAAGGUGGAGAGUCAAUAGAGGACAAAAAGCGCGGAUCACCAAAUGGAUGAGCAAUGUUUCAAAUCCCUGAUUCUCGCUAUCAAAUUUGUGAGAAACGCAGGUGCUGUACUCAGAAGCGCAUAUAGCGAAGAUCAAGUUAACACGGAAUGAACCAUCCAACAAA